CUGGUUCAGUUCCUGGGGACCGUUUAUACAGACGGACCAACCCGGGCGAGAAGUCAUUCAGCUAUAAUAUCAUAUUUUCACGUUAUUAUUUCUUUAUUUCUUACAUAGUUUGUCGUAAGUUAACAAUUCUGGGGUAAAACUGAAACUACACGUUACAUUUGUAGAGAAUACAGUAGAACCGACUGAUUAAAUAAUAAAAUAACGUUUUGCUGCAGUUAUGGCGGCGGUUCUGUUUCUCACUGACUGAUAUUUUGGAAACAAGCCACGAUACAGACAAUGUUACUAACAGCUGGUCGCCUGUCCAAAGUGCUGCAGCUCACCCUGGCGGUCAUCAAACCAGAUGCUGUGGCUCAUCCUCUAAUGAUGGAGGCUCUUCACCAGAGAAUCCUGGACAAUAACUUUGUAGUUGUUCGAUGCAAAGAUCUGGUGUGGAGAAAACAAGACUCUGAGAGGUUUUAUGCUGAACAUUCAGGGCGAUUCUUCUAUCAAAGACUUGUUGAAUUCAUGUCAAGUGGUCCAAUGCGAGCGUACAUUUUAGCCAGGGAGGACGCCAUACGGCACUGGAGAGACCUGAUGGGACCCACCAAGGUGUUUAGAGCCCAAUAUACCUCCCCUGAGUCCAUCAGGGCCCAGUUUGGGCUCACAGACACAAGAAAUACAACUCAUGGAUCAGAUUCGGUGGAGUCGGCUCAAAGAGAAAUCGGCUUCUUCUUCCCAGAUUUCAGCGUGGACAAGUGGAUGGAGAAAGAAGAGCCUUCGUUCAGAUCGGGACGGAUACAUUACGACCAUCAGAACCAGAUUCACACGCUUUCCAGCUGACCUUCAGCUCUGUUCUUCACCGUGAGGACGUUAAGCAUAAAGACUCAAUCCUUUAAAAGCUCGCUGUUUAAAGUGCCGCCGUGUUCAUACUGUAUUAAAGCAGAUUAUCCUCGAAGUCAUUUAAAACAAGGACCACACAUGUUUAGUUUAAUUUAUUGUCAUUAGAAAACACAAUCCACCUGAUUAAAAAAGUGAACACUGUAUUGUACAAAACAACACGAUGCAGUGAGACAGUUUCCACCAACUGCUGUCCAGGCUUCACUGUAAUUAGUGCAAUCAUCUCCAGUUUCCUGAGCCAAACACACAGCAGCGACGACAUGUUGUUUCAAAGCCAAAUAACAAAACUAUGAAAUAUUGAUCAUAUUCAGCAGUGUGAGAUAAUACUCUGGCAACAGAUUUACACACAGAUUUACUCUCAGAAGCAUCUUAAUAUAGAUUCAAAUGAUUGGUUGUUUCAUGUGAUACUGUGUCUACUGUAUGUCAUUUGUUUGUAUUUUCUCCAACCAAACUACCAUUUUAGAUGUCUCCAAUGUGUCAAAGUACAGUAAAAACACACAUACAGUUUAAAAUACUACACAGCCUAGUUACACAUGAUCCCUGUUUUUCCGUUCUUGUGCUUCACUCAGCUGUCGGACCUUAAAGCUUCCUGCACAAAAGCAUGUUCAGUGUUUUUAUUUCACAAUCGUAUCUGUUUUUUGGCUUCUUCUCGUCUCUCCUGCACUCAAGUGUUUUGCGUGGCCGCCUGUUUGAGAGCCUCCACGGGCUUCAUAACCUCGUAGGUGGUGAGGGACUUCUUCACCUUCCCGUUCUUGUCCACCUGGUGGAUGCUCUGCGUCACCGUGAUGGUCACCUGCUUGGUCGACAUGCGAUUGUCCUGCCAUUUGGUCUGUGGGUGGAGGAGAAUUAAAGAUUGGACAAUAAAAUGGAAAAGCACUGA